CGGAUGAUAGAAUUGUCUUGUUUCUGCAACAGCAGCAAAAACACGUCGUUGACCCCAAAAAACCUCCAGGCACAAUGAGUUCUCCAAUGAAUCAAUCUGGCUCUCCAGGUAUGAUGCGUCGUUCAACGAUGAAUCAACAAGGAUCGCCAAUCAUGUUACGUCAUUCCAUGAGCGGCAAUUCCGGAUUGAACAAUUUGGCGCAUUCGUCGAGCUUUUCUCGUCGCAUGAAUGACCAAGAUGGAAUGGGAAACAACGCCGGUGUUAGUCCUGGCGGAAGUAACGCUGCCUAUCGCGCAUCCUUGGUUUCGCAUUACGCCGAAGACUUGGAUAGACGUCGUCGUGCUGAACGCGCCGUCGAAGAGUGCCUAACCGACGGAAUGCCUUCAGACAAUUUGAAGAUCGAUUCCGUUGAGCUGUUUGCUAGGGACAAUGCCCGGGAACAUCGUACCGACCGUUACGAAGCCGUUCUCGAUUCUGGCCGUGAGAUUGGGUCACCAUCAACCAUGGCUAUGUCUAGGUCGAUGACGAAUAUGGCAUCGAUGCCGUCGAUGGAUUAUCGUUCAUCGUCUUCGCCGUCUACGGCAGUUCUCCGUCGUGGUCAGCCCUUUUUCAUGGCCGUUCGCAUGAAGGAUCGCAACUUUGAUCCUCGUCGUGACGUUCUCCGCGCUGUGUUUACUUUCGGCCCAAAUCCCCAAGUAACGAAGGGAAGCAAAGUUGUUUUGCCUUUCCGCAUGAAUCAGCGUGAAUUCACCCGCGCUCCACAGAAAUGGGACAUGAGGGUUCAUCAACAGGAGGGUUUCAACAUCGCUUUCCAAAUUCAUAUUCCUGCAAACGCGCUAGUCGGAUUAUGGCGAGUCAACAUCGAAACCACCACCACAACGCCGGGUGCCCGCGUUGACGAAUUCCGUUGCAAAGAUGACAUUUACAUCUUGUUCAACCCCUUCUGCCGAGAGGACUCUGUCUACUUGGACGAUGAGGAACUACGUAGAGAAUAUGUCAUGAACGAUACUGGCAAAGUGUUUGUUGGCACCCACCAUCGUCCCAAGGGUCGCCGCUGGAUCUACGGACAGUUCUCUGAUGUUGCCUUGCCAGCAGCCCAGCUUUUGCUAGGCCAGUCUGGUCUCAACCCAACGGAGAGAGGCAAUCCCAUCCAAGUUGUCCGCGCCAUCGCUUCAAUCAUCAAUGCCAACGAAGGCUUUGGGUUAUUGGAAGGCAAAUGGGAGGGCUCAUUCGAAGAUGGAGUGUGUCCAUGGGUAUGGACAGGAAGUUCCAAAAUCUUUGAACACUAUCUACGCAACGGAUCUAAGCCAGUCAAAUACGGCCAGUGCUGGGUUUUCGCUGCCGUGGCUACUUCAAUCUUCCGAGCUUUGGGUAUUCCUUCUCGUCCCGUUACCAAUUUCGUCUCUGCACGUGACACGAAUCACACUCUGUCGGUCGACAAGUAUUUCGAUGUCUUCGGAGAUGAGAUGAAAGGUGGCCCAGAUGGUGACAAUCAAGAUGCCAUUUGGAACUUCCACGCUUGGACUGAAGUAUGGAUGUCACGCCCCGACCUCCAAACCGGUUGCAAUGGCUGGCAGGCAGUUGACCCCACUCCUCCUCCUCAGUACAGGCAGAACAACACAGGAGCUGAUCCCAAGAGCCGCGGGCCGUUGGCUGUCGAAGCCUUCCGUCGAGGUCCAUCUUCGGUUGAGUCUGUCCGUCGCGGAGAAAUCGGAUUUGCUUUUGAUACUCCAUAUCUGUUUGCGGAAGUCAAUGCUGAAGUCACUCACUUCCAGGAAGACGAGACGUCUCAUUGGGGAUUCAGGAAGAUCCCCGUCAACAACUAUCAGGUUGGCCGUAUGAUUUUGACGAAGCGACCGGGAGCUGAUGACGAUGUAAGCGAUGCCGACGUGGAAGAUAUCACUUGCCUUUACAAGACUUUCGAUCACGUGUCCCGCUACCAAAGGCAAUCCGAUGGAUGUUUCAGUGCCCACUUUAAUCAAGGCCUGUCAUCGCCAUACUUAGAAAGGAGAGAUAGGGACAGGGAUAUGAUCCCUUAUCCAGGAACAUCCGUGCGUCGACUAAGUGCCGUGGACAUCGCUCGCAAACCCUGGUACGAUGAAUCACGUCAUCCAGCUGAUUCCGGAAACACAGCUGCUGACCGUAUGUCGGCCAUGAACGCAGCUCGGAGUGUUGAACGAGCUCAGCCCAUGUUUGAUUCCCGAACACCCAAUGACGACGUUCACUUUGAUUUGGUUGAGCAAGAAAAAAUUUCAUGGGGACAGCCCUUCAAUCUGCAAGUUCUCAUUCAGAACCGUUCUCAAGAAAUGCGAACCAUCACGACAUAUCUAUGUGCCAAUUCGGUCUAUUACACAGGAGUUACUGCUCGCCGUCUUGGCCGAGUCGAUCGCCAGUUUGUUCUUCAACCUGGAAACCGAGAAACUAUUCAGCUCCGUGUAAGCUGGGACGAAUACCGUGACAGGGUUGUUGAUUACGGCCACAUCAAGAUCUACGCCAUGGCUUCCGUGCAAGAGACUAAGCAAUCCUGGAGCACCGAAGACGACUUCCAGCUCGAGAAACCCAAACUGGAUAUUCAGGUUCGUGGAAAUCCUCAGAUAGGCCAGGAUUGCUUCGCCACUUUCUCUUUCAUGAAUCCCGUCUCAGUUACCCUGACGGAAUGCGAGUUCACAUUUGAAGGAACCGGUCUUGUUCGUGCCCAGACAGUCAAAUACCGUGAUGUGAAACCGGGAGAGAUGAUCAGCUACGUCCAGAAAUUCAUCCCACGAUUCAGUGGCGAGCGCAAACUGGUCGCAACCUUCAACUCUCGCGAACUGGGUGAUAUUGUCGGCUCCCGCCCUAUUCACGUCCGUGACUAAGACACGACCAUCUCACACCAAUUGCGAAACCCCAACGACAUAACAUUUUGAGCUUCGAACUUGGACUGCCCUUAAAAAAAAGAACUUUGCAAAUUAGUAAAAUGACUAUCUGGCUUUUGACGAUAUGCAUAGUAAUAGUCUUAAGUUUCUGUCAUUAUAUUAACUGCCAUUUAAACGCUCUAUUUUCCUCCAUUUUCUACCGCUGUAUGGUUUAGGUUGUUAACAUUUGUUGUUAUUCUAACUUUCUCGGUGACGGUGUACUCAGCAGGAAUAAAUUUUCGCCAAGCAGA